AUGGGUUGGCUUUUGGAUGGCUCGAGUCAAGCCUCAAAGGCUCAAACCGCUAAUGACUAUCGGUGGUCGACUGGUCAGGCGAUGAUCGAUGAAGCACAGAUGGAUCGGCGAUGGAGAGGAGGAGCGCCGGUAGAAGGUUCUCCGCCACAGAUGGAGCAGCGACGGCGAAAGCUUGCCUCGCCUGAGAUGGAGCAGCAUCGACGAUGGAAGGAGGCAAAUGAAUGGAGAUGGAUUUGA